GGGAUCGAGGUGCACCAAGACAAGAUGGCGCGCGUGUUGGUCAACGGAAACAACCUGGUACUCAACAGAGUCCGGCGGACUCAGGCCGGCGAGUACUCCUGCAGGGCCACCAAUAGCGAGGGCGCGGGCACCAGUCCUCCCGUCAACAUCACCGUUCUAUAUGCCCCGGUAUGCGCCCUGGCCAAGGACGUGUGGGCGGAGCCCGGCGCCACGGUGACGGCCCAGUGUCGCGUGCAGGCGUCCCCCCACACGCCCAUCCACUUCUCGUGGGUGUGGGUGACCACCUCGUACUCGCGGCGCGUGGUGCCCUCCCACGUCAACUCGCUGGGGGCGUCGUCGAGCGUGAACUUCACGGUGCCGCGCGACAACGUGACGGAGGUAGGGCCCAACAACCAACUUGGGGCCCUGCAGUGUUGGGCGGAGAACACAGUGGGUCGGCAGGCCACGCCCUGUGUGGUGGCCGUCAUGAAGCCUG